AAAUCUUGUAUCUACCAGCUCUCCGCAUUAUUAAUUUUCCAUCAAUUGAAAAAAAUCGGAUGGACCCCGCCUCCCGUUACCGUUUCCUCGGCAUCCCCUCCUCCACUUCCUCCUCCUCCUCCUUGGCCGACGGAAACGGUGACAGUAACGGUAACGGAGAUGAGCUCAACGAGGAUGAUAUUCUCUGGACCAACGAUUACACCGAUCAAAGCCUAAGCAAUUCCUCCUCCUCCUCUCCAACAACCACCUCCGCCAACAACCUCCAAAGUAAAUCUAACCACCUCACAGCUUUCCCUAAGAACUCGGGCAUUCUCGCGGCGUUACCAGAAACCAACCACAACACGGUUCUCUACCGCAAGCCUUCACUUCCAUCAUCAUCAUCAUCGUCUUCUUCUUCGUCGUCUAGAGCAAUCCCAUUAAUUCCAAGAUCACCUCACGUGGCGGAAUACGCGUCACAGUCGGUACCGAUAAGGAAAUUGAACCAGUCGGCCCCGAUGAAUGUGCCGGUGUUGUCGAUUGCAAUGGCGAAACAGAGGAAUAGCAGGUUUAAGGAGGAUGAUGAUGGUGAGUUUGAUGGAGAUGAGGAGAUGUUGCCGCCUCAUGAGAUUGUGGCACGAGGGUCGAGGCGGUCGCCGAAGACAACAUUUUCGGUUCUCGAAGGGGUUGGGAGGACGUUGAAAGGAAGGGAUCUGAGACAGGUUAGGAAUGCUGUUUGGCGUCAAACUGGGUUUCUUGAUUGAUUUUGAUUAUUCAUUCUACUGCUAUUGUUAUUGGUGAUGUAGUUUUGAUUUAUUUUGGUGGGAAUUGCAGCUGUUACAAUUUGUGGUAAAAGAUUUUGGAAGAUGGUAAUUAGAAUUGAAUGAAGUUUUUCCCCCAAGCAUUAGCCUA